ACCGCUCCGAGGCUGGAAAUAUUUACUACUAUACCGAGGACGGAGGUGUUUGCAUGCUCUGAUGCACAGUCAGGUCGUGGGGUGAUUUGACGUCUUUUAAAAACCUACCGUUUUCACAGAAGAGAUUAAUGUGUUUGUUAUUGGUGAAGGAGAUUUUCUCGUCGAGGAGUGGAGAGCAUUAGCUGAGACUAGUGAAGAUGACAACUGAGGCGGAUACACUGAUAUCUUUGGGGUUUUGACAAUUCCCAGAAGCCCUAAAGAAGAACAUCCAUCAUCUUGUCCCAGACCUUUUCUGUGAUGUCUGUCACCUCUCUGCCGGAAUGGAAACAACUCCUGCUGGAGAGAAAAAGGAGAGAGGAAGAGGAGCGAGAAAGGAGGGAGAAAGAGGAGGAGGAUAAGUAUGCCAGCAUGCCGGCCUGGAAACGAGGCAUCAUCCAGAGGAGAAAGGCGAGGUUGGACAGUUUGGGUGACAGGGAAAAGGAGAGAGAUAUCUGUCUGCUGCAGGUGGAUGUCAGAUCUGCUUCUGAUGGUCUGAGUGACAGCGACAGCUUUGGGACGGUCAAUUUGGAAAGCGAACUUUCCCUUAGUCCAGAACCCGGUUUAUGGCAAGAUGGAGACAUCAAACCAGCGAGUCAGGUGUUUGAAGAAACUAUAGUUCCAGUUCACGAAAACCCAUUUUUCCGCACACAAAGUGCAUGGAGGAAGGGCCAGGAUGCUGACGGAGGGGACGAGACAGAAGCCAAGGAGACGGAGAAAGAGAAAUCAAGCCUAAGCAGUCAAGAUGGGGAUUUUGGAAGAGAUGCAGGGAUAAAAUUAGAGAGAUUCAGAGAUGUGAGUGAAGGACGGGAAAAAGAGAAGAGCAGAGACAGGAGUCAAGGAAGAGAAAGAGAGAAUAGCAAUCAAUGGCAAGAGUCAGUUAAAGAUGAUGUCAGGGAGUGGGAAUUCCUGAAAGUCAGGAAAGAAGGGGAGGAAAAUGAAACCGAUCCACCAUCUAGUUCGUUUUCUGCCAAUGUCCCUUGCCUUCGGACCUUCCGAGCCGACAACAUUAUCAUCAUCGAGCAGGACAGGAAAGGCAGUGAUGAGAGAUGGGGUCGAUGGAGGGAGGCGGAGAGAGAGAGGCCUGAGCAGGACCAGCAGGGGCAGAGAGGCAUGAAGAUGGACCUGAGGGAGAUCCUGGCCGGAGGAGGGAGCAUAACAGAGAUUCGAGCCUCUGAGGUUCUGAUUAUAAAGCCCUUGGCAAGCUCUGAAGAGAGGAGUCCAGAAGGAGGAGGUAGAGGGAGAGGCUUAGGUAGAGAGGAUGGAGAGAUAAAAUGCAGCAUUGAUGAAAGGAGGAGGAGUUUUUGCAGGGAGAUCAGAACAGACAUUUCCUGGCUGAGAGAAAAAGAGAAGGACAGACCAUGGGGUCAGGCGACAGUUAUAAAAGACGAGCAGGAGGAAAACUUGGACGACAAUGUGUUUGUUGAAAAAGGAGGGAGGGUCAGCCAGCUGCUGAGUAAAUUUGGACAGCACCCCAAGCCUCCGUCUCGAUCAAAAAGCUCUGAUAAUUUAUUCCGGCCCGGGAGAAGAAAAUACUCUGGAGAUGAAGAUGAUCAGCAGUCUGAGUCAGAUGGGAGAAACUUGCUGCUUAAAGGUGUGCCAAAACGCUCAUUAAGCUUCUCUGAUCGAGUCAUCAGCGGCAAGGAGAAUGGUUUGGGUAACAAUGGGCAUUAUGAAAGGAAAAGGUGUGGGAGGAUAAAUUCAGUAAAGAGUGUAGCGGCGUGUGUUGACGUUGCAGGCUUAGGGAAGGAAACCACAGAAAAUAUCAAACUGGGGUGCACAUUGCUUUCCGAUAAAGGCCGUUUUCAAAAGCUUAUAGAUGGACAAUUAAAAAAUGAGGAUAAAAAGGAGGGGCCUGUGCAAAAUAAAAAUAAAACAGAAAUGUCUGUUGCCGUCCAACCCAUCAACAAAGUUAAAAAGACUGUUGACACAAGGGCUGCGGAAAGGGCAUGUGAUGCAGACGGAGAUGAGGGGUUCACAGUGGCAUCGGUCAAGAACACAGAGGGAAUCUCAUUUGCUAGAAGGGUUGCAAUCAAGCAGGAGGGGAAAGCAAGAGCUGACCGAGAGGUAAAGAAACAGACCGGUGAGAAAACGUUGAAAAGGGAAAUGAGUGAUGAAAAAGAUUCAGAGGCAGGGGGAAAGAUUGAGGUGCAUGUGUGCAUCAAAAAUGUGUCUGAUUUCCACAAAAAGGAGGGAUUUGGAGGCACAAUUCCACCUGAACAUUUGCAUAACAGUCAGGUUGCAUCAGCUUUCACAGAGUGCUCCAGUCUACUCUGUGCUUUCACAGAUAGAUCUGGAGACCCUAAUAGAGAGCCAGAGUGGAGUGGUACACAGGGACCUUUCCCAACACACUCUGUUUUGUCCCAACACACAGAGGAGCUUAUAAAUAAAAUAGAAAAAAUAGGAGACACAACCGUUUAUAGCAGAGGAGAAAGAGUGUUUGAAAAGUACCAAGGAUCAUAUCAGGAUGUUGGAUCAGAGAAUCUCACUCGUGAUGUAACGCCUAGAUCUCCAAAAAGGAUUGCACCCAUGGGGAUCUCUCCAGGUCCCCUUGAGAUUCAAAUCCCCAGGAGUGUGUUUUAUGUUGCCGAAGACAUGGCAGAGAGAAAAAAGGCUGUGGGUCAAAGCGACAACUCGGAAGGAGGUAAAGGGGUCGAGAGGAGGGAUAGCUGGAGGAUUGGAAAACCCCUGAGCCGCAUUGAGUCCCUGCGAGAGAAAAUUAGACAAAAAGAGUUGGAGACGCUGAGACUAACAGAGGCACAAAAUGGAAGUGGGAGUGAAGCUGCAGGCAUAAAAAACAUUCAUACAGCCGGGGACAAGCAUGACAUGAGUGGAACAGCUAUAGAGAAAGAGAGGGAAGCUGCACCUCAUAUGCGGAAGAAGUCGAUUGAAGUCAAGAGGGGACAGGAAGACGAAGCAGCACAGACAACCACAACUGCUUUUGACGUCACGCAGGAAGACAGCGUGUUAAAAACCAGCCCUCAACUUCCUGUUUCUGUCUCACAAACCAUCAGGGCUGAGGAAGUACCAAGCGGGUACACAACUUCUACCUCCGGAGUUAUUUCUGAAAGCUUACCGAUAUCUGAGGACGAAAAUGACCCCGUGCUACAUGUGGAAGAAGAGCUAAAGCGACACAAGGCCCAACUCGAGAAGAGAGAAAAAGAAAGGGAGGAGGAGGAGGAGGAGGAGGAGGAGAAGGAGGAGGAGAAGGAGGAAAAGCAGCAGCCAGAGGAGAAGGUAGAGGAAAAUACAUUGCCUCUCAAUUCUGAGAAUUCUCUUUCCCCAUUGCAGCCUCACCCCAACUCCAUCAUAGCAAUGAGUCGGAUCUACAACUUGGAAUCAGUUAGCUCGAGGUCAGGCAUGUGUCUGAGGGACAGGACUGUCGACAUCCCAUCAGUGCACCUAGUUAAAGUAAAGCCACUCUUAUCAAAUGCACAGCAGGGGGACAGAAAAGCCUCCUCAGAUGAGGACAUCACUGGAGUUCAGACGAUACAGCGUCAGAUAGAACAGUUUAAGAUGAAAGAACAGGAACUGCUGAAGUCUUGUUCAUCACCAAACACUCCUCUUAAGGAAAGAGAGACAAAGGGGCAGAAAAGCCCAAGAGGGGUUUUAAAAUACAAGGUAAAUGACAACACCAAGACCCCGGAGAAGGAUCAAGAAAUGCCAGAAUCAAAGGCCAAAGUGUCUCCUUGGCGUGUUUGUUCACCCACAAAUCAGCUCAAACAAUCCAACCAAACUACCACCUCUAUUCUCAGGAGCCAAUCCCCAGAUAAUGCUCUGAAACCCUCGGAUAAGGCCCCGACCCCUGCCUCCUCCCCCAGCUCCACACCGCCUGCUCAGUCUCCUAGUGUUUCUCCAUCUCCAACCCCAUCAACCGCGCAGUUCUCCAUCAGGAGCGCCUCUGGGGGCCAAGUGAGGAGAGGUGCCACCAUCACGAUCACCCCAAAAAAGCCUGUUGAAGGAAAAGGGGUGACAGGUCCCACAACAGCCGCAGGAUCAAACUCCCCAGCUCAGCAGGCCGAGUCGCCCUCAACUGUGACCGAGCCAGCGAAGAAGAAGUUUCCCACAGUGGAUGAGAUCGAGGUGAUUGGCGGAUAUCAGAAUCUGGACAAGUCCUGUCUAGUCAAGUACAGAGGGACUCCAAAAAGGGGAAAUGUGUGUUUUGCGGAGGACCAGCUGGAGCAGGUGUGUGAGUACCCAUCAGAGACAUCCAUGUUGGCCUGCACAUCCUACCCUCAGGACCCUUGGAGGAUGGAGAAGCAGCAUGGAGAGGAGGUGCAGGAGGAGGAGGCUGAGGUGGAGAAAGUAGCAAUCGUAUCCAAAAGCAUGAGGAACAUGGGGAUUGUAACAGGAGGGGCUCUUAGAGUGGGUCAGUGUCACCCCCUUCUCAAAAAGCACAACGUGUAAUGAGUGCGGUUAUGGGUUUCGUUUUUUUGCCAUUUACAAGGUAUCACUGUGAAACUCUCCAUCGGUUUGGACUUUACUCUGGCUUAAAAGGCAUUUAUUUUUCUGUUUCUUUGUAUGUCUGGCAAUAUUUUAAUACAUAACUUUCUUAAUGUCAACAAAUCCUGGCCAACGUGUUCUUUAAAAAGCCUACAAAUAACGUUAGCAUUUUACUGUACUUUUACUUCAAGUCACUACCAUAACAAAUGUGUAUUCAUGUUUUGCUUAAAUGAAUCCUCAGCUAAUGCGCUGUUUACUCAAGUUUGAGUAAAGUUAGCUAGAGCCUACAGCACUGUGCUGUUUUAAUUAACAAAAACAUUUUAUAGUAUGAUAUAUUUCAAAGAAUAAAUUGAUUAUGUAUAAUGAAUUUGCUUAAACCUGAAUGCCAAAGAUUGACUAGGGACAUUUCUAAAAGCAAGAGUUAGCAAGCUUGCUAGAUGUUAACUAGCAAACUAUAACUGAGCAAGUUUGUUAGCUUAAUUGCUAUCAUAUACAGUAGAUGUGUUUGUACUAUAGACAUUGUCUCAUGUCUGUCUACUAUUUUUCUUUGGUGGAGCCGUUCAGACUCUGAUUGAGAAGGUUCAACUCAAGUAGAUGGUGCAAUGCAGCCAAUAAGCUACAACAGUUUCCUCUAUUUUAGAUAGAAAAAAUGUUUGAUGUCGCUGCAAAAAGAGCCACCUAUUUGCUAACGACACAAAACUAGAAAGUGAAAUGUCAACGAGUUUGAAAAAGAAGUCAAGCAAAGAUCCUCUGUGGGACAAAUAAAGGCAUUGUGAUUCAGAUCCACUGAUUAUCAUAUUGGAGUAAAUAUUUGCAGCUGUGAAAUGUUGUCGUUUUUAACCAUGGUGUUGUAAUCUCUUCUUGGGAUUUGUUGUCAAUAAGAAAAAUCUAGAUCAUUGCCAGCCUUGAUAAACAAACUGACUAAUUUCAAUGUAGGCAAUAGAAAUAAAUCAUGAACAUUUCAACACAAAAUGUUUUUUUAAUGCCGAAAUGGUAGAUUGUUACAAAAUGUAUGUUAUUAGUGAGCGAUUGAAAGAUAUGGUUGCAUUUAUGGUACCCCAAAGGCCAUGAAUGUCACUGCUGGUGAAUGGGAAAAUAAAGUAAAAUAAAAAUCGUAGAUUCACCUUAUUUACCUUCCAUUUCCAUACUCGCCGCAAUUGCCCAAUGGACAAUAUCACCAACAUUUUGUUGAACGAUGUUACAUGAUUUUAAUUGAUUAAUUGAACUGUACUGUUGAAGCAAUUGUUUAUAAUCUCUGUGGUGUUUUUAUCUACUAGCAUCAGAAUGAAGGAGAAGAAAUUUACAUUUUCAGUUUGACUCCUGCAAUCGAAAAAUCUGAAAGAAAGAGAACAUUAUUCACUGUGGAAAAUAUUUCACCUGGUUUUAUGUUCAGAGAAAUAUGUAGAAAAAGUGUGUGUAUAUGGUACAUUAUAAACAACCCUCAGGUGUGCUCUGAUGGGUAUUGAAAGAUCUCUUGUGUAUGCAAUAUCAAAAGAUUUUAUUUUUAGGUAAUACAUUUGAUAGCUUCUUUUAUGUUAAUUAAUGUCUAUAUUUCAGUCUGCCUCGGCAUAGAAGAGUGAUGUUUGUAUACUCUGGUUACAUGUGCCUGCUGGAUUUACCCAUACAGAUGAUAUGAAGAUCAAUUUCUGUAGAUGUUUUAUUUUUCUUGUCUGAAGCCUUUUUUGGAAAAUCCUCCUCUCAGUGGGUGUUGAAUGUUGCAGGCACAGGGUCGGUGCAAUGUGUUGAGGAAAGAUAGAAGUGUUUGUAUUUUGUCUGGUUUAAUUGAGCCUUACUGUUUCCACUGACAACUCUGGUAACAGUUUAGUUCAUGAGUAUGGAUAUAAAUAAAGAUAAUAUUUUGUUAACAUUUGUAAUGUAGGAGAGGGUAGAGUUGUGUGAGUGACAGUCCCUGAGACGAAGUUGUGUUGAGUUGAGAACAUUUUUCAAAAUGACUUCAUCAAAGUACAGCUGCUACCUGAGUUUUGGCUGUACUAUGUUUAUAAUAAAAUACAUUGUAAAAGAAGAUGCAAAGUUCUGAGCAAAAUAUUUUUUCUAUGAUGGUUGAAAAAGCUGACUUCAAGAGAAAAAAAGCAAAUAAAUAUUUCUGAAAACA